AUGGGGAACUGUUUAUUCGGAGGGCUAAGGGACGAGGAAGACUUAUCGAUCAAAAUCAUAAAAUCCAAUGGUGGAGUUCUCAAGUACUACUCACCCCUGACCGCGGGUUCCGUGUCCCAUAAAUUCCCAAGCCAAGCUAUUUUUUCGGCCCUUGAUCUCCUCUACAAACCCCUGCCUCACCACCACCACCUCGUCCCGGGUCGGUCAUAUUAUCUCUUGCCCAAUAUUGUCUCCGACGAGUUGAAGACUUUAGUCGGAAACUGCCACAUGAGAUCCAACAGCGAGUCCUUGCCAUCGAUAACUCCGUAUAGGAUGUCAAUGGACUACAACCACAGGGUGCGGAAGAGAUUAUACACGGACGUCUUUUCAAGAAACAUCUACACAAGGACCCGACAUAAGGAAAAGAAGACGAGGAGGAGGCGUACGAGCAGCAAAGGUGCAAUAUGGAAAGUGAAGCUGGUCAUAAACACGGAAGAGCUGUUGCAGAUAUUGUCGGAAGAUGGAAGAACAAAUGAGCAGAUAGAGAGUGUGAGAGCCGUAGCCAAGGGUGAAAACGACGUCGCAUCAAGCAUCGCAAGCAGUGGUUCGGUGAUACAUGUCUAG